AUGGCGCCUCAAGACGGUCCAGUUCCUCCCAAGACAGAGCUUGGCCGGUACAGAAUCCUAGCCACCACUGCUGGCGUUCGUGUAUCCCCUCUCGUUCUUGGAGCCAUGUCCAUUGGUGGAGCCUGGGAGUUCAUGGGCAUCAUGAAAGAGGCCGAGUCCCACAAGCUCCUCGAUAGCUACUAUGACUUUGGUGGUAACUUUAUCGAUACUGCCAACAACUACCAAGAUGAGCAAUCCGAGACUCUCAUCGGUGACUGGAUGAAGCUCCGUGAUAACCGCGACAUGCUUUUCAUCGCUACCAAAUACACCAUCAACUACCGUCGCUAUCACGAGAAUUCCGGCCGAGCAGUCAACUAUGGCGGCAACUCGAAGAAAAGCAUGUUUGUUUCCCUCGAGGCAUCCUUGAAAAAGCUCCAGACUAGCUACAUCGACCUCUUUUACGUUCAUCUUUGGGAUUGGUCAACUUCGAUUCCAGAGAUCAUGGACUCUCUCGAUGUCCUUGUGAAGCAGGGCAAGGUUCUCUAUCUGGGUGUAUCUGAUACUCCAGCAUGGGUUGUCUCUGCUGCAAAUGAGUAUGCUCGUGCUCAUGGAAAAACACCCUUUUCCGUAUACCAGGGUCGAUGGAAUCUUGUGGACAGGGCAUUUGAGCGAGAGAUUGUUCCAAUGGCUAGACACUAUGGAAUGGCUCUCUGCCCUUGGAACGUUUUGAUGGGAGGACAACUGCAGACCAAGGCUCAGAGGGAAGCACGCGCUGCAAACAGCGAUGGUGGCCGAGGAGAUAAUCCAUCUCCCGAGAGUGUGGCUAUUAGCGAUGCACUGGAGAAAAUUGCUUCGAGUCAUGGUUCUGCGACUAUCCAGCAAAUUGCCCUCGCUUAUAUCCGCAGCAAGGCUCCAAACGUUUUUCCUAUUAUCGGCGGACGAAAGGUCUCUCAUCUCGAGGAUAACAUCAAGGCCCUGGAUGUCGUUCUCACCAAGGAGGAAAUUUCUUCCAUCGAUUCGAUUCAGCCAUUUGACCUAGGAUUUCCUUUGGAUAUGAUCGGCGAUGAUCCCAGGACUGGUGCCGGACGACCUCCUCUCUUCAACGCACUCCUUGGAGCUGAUCUAGCCUUUACUCCCUUCCCUGACAACGGCCGUUGUAUCAGUUAA